CCGAGAGCUACGACUUCCCGUCGUUGAGCCUGGGGGAUAGAGAGCUUGCAAACCAAGUUGUCGCGUGAGUCGAGAGUGUUGGGCGAGCGCGUGGGCGCCCGCCUUCGACGUGAGAAGUUGACUAAGUCAUAGGAAGUAGGAACAGGUCAGACCAAGAGAGAAUGGGAGAUGGAAGUCUUAGACCAGUCAGCAGGAGCAGGUCAGGCAAAUGGGAGAAUGGCAGUUCCCCCGACAAGAGCUGAUAUCCCGAUGUCAGACGAAGAUAGGAUGGAGAUCUUAAUCGCGAAAUGUUACGAGGACGGCAUCAUACCAGAGAAGUUCUGUCAUGGAGAAUGGGUGGUCGAAGGAGGAGUUCGUCUGUUCAGAGUAAACACGGGGCUCGACACCUUGGUCACCUCGUGGUUGAAAGAAAGAACGGUUACCGUGAUAUUUCAGGGAGAGGCAAGAGACUUACCCCUUCGAAUUAGGGAGGACUUAGUGAGGGCGUAUGAGAACGGAUGGUACAGAGAGAGAGUUUUCGACAGGUCAGUUAAGAGAGGUAGGAUUCAUGGGGAAGGGCCAAACAUUCUCUCGUACGUAGCCAAGUCAGGGGAAGUGGCGAGGUGGAUGAUAGCGAAAGGGGAAGACAAAGUAGUCAUUCGUGGAAUUGAAUACGGCAUGGCGUUUAAACCAUGGAUGACGAAAGCGGAGCUAGUGGAAAGGCGCAGAUCAGAAGAUGUAACCAAUUUUUGGGUGAUGGCUUUAAGAGUCCCCUUACGAGUGAUGUUUCAUGUCGAAAGCAUGGUCGAAUCGGCGAUGGGAAGAAUUAUCAAUUCUCUUCCCCCGGAGCCAGAUAAGUCAAGGCCAAAACUCAUGAACCUGAAAUUCGAGCUCGCAAGAGAAGCAGAAGAUCGUUUUGAGGAGGAACUCCCCAUCAAACUUGACGAUGGAGAAAUAUACCACAUCAAGUUUGCUUGCAAAAACACCCCAUGGUGUGACAUGUGCUGUUGGUAUUUCCACACGGCAACAGAAGGUUGUCCGAGGAUGGGAGAAUUUCCACUAGAACAGAGAGGAGAAUCAGAGAUACAGAGAAACAACGAAAGACGAAGACGAGGUGGCGAAGCAAACGGAGGUCAAAAUAGAAGUAUCAGAGAGGCUACAAGAGACAUUCACGUGGGGAGGGGCACCACAUCAGGAGCAGGGUCCUCGUCACACGGGAAUCAUCGGUUCGGAGAAGUUCAACCUAUCAGGCCACAAGGAUUGGCCACUCACAUGCAGGGUGGCACCCCGAAUGUUCAACGUGGGAGUAACUUCAGCUCUUCGCAAGCACACCAGGUACCCCCGCAAGGAGUCUGGCAACAACGGCAGCAGCAAGUACUCCCGUCAAUGAACAACCAACAAGCAGAGAUUUACCAGUUGCAGACUCUAUUCCAACUUCUAAACCAAGAUCCGACACUUAGCACCUUUUUGCCGAUGGGGAACACGGCGAUGCCACCGACACCCACAUACCAAAUGAGUCCACAGCUAUUCGGCAACUAUCAGUACAUGCAUGCGGCAGUGGGAUAUCAAGGCCAUACUCCGAGUGGCCAGCUGAAUGGCCAAACCUUGGGACCACAGCGAUCCUUUGUCCCCUAUCAAGGACAACAUACUGAACAGAGAGGCCAGGUGGUGUAUCAGGGAGACGGCAUAGGACCAGGGACAGACGGAGUCAAGGAGAUACACCAAGUACAAGCGGGCGAUCUGCAUCAUGAUGGUAAUCCAAGCUGCUCUCGGGACCCGAGUGGCAGCGAGAUGCAUAUAUCCUCACCGACUUAUAUCCCAGGGGGAGUUGAAGCUCACUAGGGAGGAGCGGGGGGCUAUGAGGAAUGUUGGCUAAUGCCCCUGAUAUGCACGAUGCAAGCACAAGAAGU